AUGUAUUCAGGAACAAGUGGGCUUUUUCGUGCAGUGUUCCGGCAAGCCGUCCGGCAGUCGUUGCGAGGUUAUGCGGCGAAGGAGCUGAAAUUUGGUGCUGAGGCACGCGCCGCCAUGUUGGCCGGCGUCGACAUAUUGGCCGACGCUGUAGCCGUGACAAUGGGACCUAAGGGAAGAAAUGUAAUUAUCGAACAAAGUUGGGGUAGUCCGAAAAUUACCAAAGAUGGUGUCACGGUUGCGAAGGCCAUCGAGCUCAAAGACAAAUACAACAAUGCUGGUGCCAGAUUGGUUCAGGAUGUUGCCAACAGAACGAACGAGGAAGCUGGCGAUGGCACUACUGCUGCGACUGUACUCGCCAGAUCUAUUGCCCGUGAAGGCUUCGAUAGCAUUAGUAAAGGAGCAAAUCCCCUUGAGAUUAGGAGAGGUGUCAUGAUGGCGGUUGAUAAAGUUCUCGCUCACCUGAAGAAGAUAUCCAAAAACGUCACAACGCCGGAAGAAAUUGCCCAAGUAGCCACGAUAUCUGCCAAUGGCGAUAAAGCUAUCGGUAGCCUUAUCUCCGAGGCAAUGAAGAAAGUCGGCAAGGAGGGUGUUAUAACUGUGAAGGAUGGCAAAACGUUGCACGACGAGUUAGAACUGAUUGAGGGCAUGAAAUUCGACCGAGGAUAUAUUUCUCCUUAUUUUAUUAAUACUACUAAAGGUGCAAAGUGCGAAUUCCAAAAUGCUCUUGUUUUGUUCUGUGAAAAGAAAAUAAGUAGUGUUCAGGAGAUCGUGCCCUGUCUGGAACUGGCCAAUCAGCAGAGGAAGCCGUUGCUCAUCAUUUCCGAAGACUUGGACGGGGAGGCUUUAACAACGCUCGUUUUGAACAGGUUAAAAGUUGGACUGCAAGUAUGCGCUGUUAAAGCGCCCGGUUUUGGUGAUAAUCGUAAAAGCACGCUUCAUGAUAUGGCGAUUGCGACCGGCGGAGUUGUUUUCGGCGAUGAAGCUAAUCUAUUGAAACUCGAAGACGUACAACUGCAGGAUUUGGGAGAAGUUGAAGAAGUCACCGUCACCAAGGAUGACACGUUGAUGCUCAGGGGAAAAGGCAAAAAAGCUGAUGUCGAAAAGAGGGUGUCUCAAAUUAAAGACGAAAUUGAAGUGACGACAUCUGAUUAUGAAAAGGAAAAAAUGCAAGAACGUUUGUCGAAGUUGUCGAACGGUGUUGCAGUGAUCAAAGUCGGCGGAUCAAGUGAAGUUGAAGUCAACGAAAAGAAGGAUCGAGUGAACGACGCCGUUAACGCCACGAGGGCCGCUGUAGAAGAAGGCAUUGUUCCCGGAGGAGGUGUGGCGCUGUUGCGGUGUUUGACGCCGUUGGAUGACCUUAAUGCUGAAAAUGAGGAUCAGAGAAGAGGAAUUCAAAUCGUGAAAAAGGCAAUUCGACAGCCCUGCAUAACGAUAGCCCAAAACUGUGGAGUUGAUGCCGCACAAGUAGUAGAGAAGGUGCUUUCUAACGCCAACGUUCAAUUCGGUUAUGAUGCACUGUCGAAUACAUACGUUGACAUGCUCAGUGCAGGAAUCAUCGACCCAACAAAGGUCAUUCGCACCGCGCUUCAAGAUGCUGCCGGUGUUGCUUCGUUACUGUCUACAGCUGAGUGUAUCAUUGUCGAAAUUCCGAAGGAAGAAAAGAUGGGUAUGCCUGGAGCUUGCCAAAUGUUGAUUUUUUAUCUUCCGUGA